AUGAUGGUCGUACGCAUCCUCGACCGCUCCGAUGGUAUCCUCAAGAUGGAACAGUUGGGCCUCGAGCCCGACACCAUGGCUACGUGGAGGCAGCUACUCGGCCUUCCGUUCGGGAUGCUCUUGGUAUCGGGGCCGACUGGCUCCGGCAAGACAACAACCCUGUACUCAUCCGUCACGGACCUGAUUGACAACCGCGGAAACAUUCUCACCAUCGAAGACCCCAUCGAAUAUCGAGUAGAGGACCUGCACCAGAUCGAGGUCAACCGGCAGGCCGGGAUCGACUUCCCGACCGGGCUGAAGGCGAUCAUGCGACUCGACCCCGACGUCAUCCUCGUGGGCGAGAUACGCGACGUGGAGACCGCAAAGACGGCCGUGACGCCGCGCUGA